CCCUUUCAAUUUUCGGGUUUCGUCAUUCCCUCCUCUUCUGAGAAAAUCUGCCACUUUCUUCUUCCUGUUUGCCACAGAAAUCUCUCCCAUAGUAAUUUGAUUCUUACUUUUACCUCAACUUCCCAUGUCCACUUCAUCCACUCGCCGGAUGAAAGACCGAGACGGAGGCGACGGCGGCGCCUCCGCCGUCAAAGUUACCGCUCACCGACCUUCCAGAUCUCUAACCCCUGCUUCAAGCUCCGACAAAAUCCCCAGCGCCAAUGCUCUCCGUAAAUUGUCUGCAGAGAAAGAGAAUCGGAGAUCCACGUCCCGUGGAGCCGCCGCGGCCCCGACCCAGAGACCUACUAUUCGACCCAUGCCCCGCGUCGAUAAGGCAUCGCUGGUAGGGGUAGGAAGCGGCAGUGACAGUCGUGACAGGAAGUCCACGUCGUCGGUCCCUCGAGGUAGGAGCUCUAGCCCUUCUGACUUUACCAGGGUGUUUUCGGAUACCCGAAAAGAUAGGCGGGUUUCAGUGGAUCGGGUCGUUAAGGGGUCGGUCGCAGAACCUGACCGUUCUGCUUUCAGUGGGAGUAGGGGUCUGAGAGUUUCUAAUCAGGCAAAAGGGUAUAGAGAUUUGAGCGUCAAAGGAAGCGCGCAGGUUGGUAGUAAAGCAAAAUUUCGAGGGCAUACUGAGGAAAGUGCAACAAAGAUUUUGAAUUCAGGGAUUAAGAGUAGAAAUGGCGGAGUAAUGGAAAACAAAGUCGGAGAAAGUGAAAAUAAUAAAUCUUUUGUGAAAUCAAGUGCAAGUCAUGACAGGGGAGAUCUGCAGAUAUACCGUGAGAAGGUCCAUUCUGAAUCUGAGUCAAAAAAUCCGACCGAUAUUGGUAUGGGUGGGCAUCCAGGGCAGUGUUCUGAUUUAGAAGAGACUGGCAAUGACAUAAAUUCAUCUUCUACCGAGGUUGUUGGAAAUUCUGAUGGUGAGGCUAAGGUUUUGGACAUUCCAAAAGAGAAGGAGUCGGGGGGUGAUUGUUCCAGUAGUGGGGUUACAUGUAAAUAUCCCAGCAGACUUCAUGAAAAGCUUGCUUUCUUAGAGGGGAAGGUCAAGAGAAUAGCGUCCGAUAUUAGGAGGACUAAGGAGAUGCUGGAUUUGAAUAACCCUGAUCAAUCAAAGAUCAUACUUUCAGACAUCCAAGACAAAAUUUCGGGUAUUGAGAAGGCAAUAGAUCACGUAGCUGGUGAUUCAAAUGCUAAAAUAGGGUUCUUGAAAAGCAAUGCAAAUGAUAACAAAGAACCCAAUAUGGUUAUUGAUAGUCAAAAUAAGCAAGUUGACAAGGGUAAACGCGGGGCCAAAGAAUUGAACAGUGAGGAAUUGGAAGCUAGAUUAUUUCCUCAUCGCAAGUUACUUCAGAAUCGAACGUCGAAUAAAGCAUCAUUGGAAAACUUUCGGAGCAAUGAAUUCAGGGAAAAGCAAGAUGAUAUUGGAGCAAAGGUGGAAGAAAAGGAGCUGAGCCCUAUUGAGGAGAGCAAGAUAGCACAAGAGUUCUUGUCUAACCUUAAUAAAGAGGCAGGUAAUGUCAAAUCAAGAGAUGGAGAAGCUGAUAUGAAGUAUUGUGGAGUUAAAGAAACAGGCGCUGGUGCACCUGCUAAAACAAAAGACUCCUCAUCUGCCUUCAAUCAGAAGUGUGAUGUUGAGCUACUUCUCACAACUGAUGAGAAGCUUGAAGAGUUUGAUGAUCAAGAAAACACGCAAGGGCUAUAUAUUGAUGAAGAGACAGAAGAUGAUUUCAUUUAUUCGCUGAAUGAUAUAGGAAAUAAGACAGCCGUAGGAGGAUGGUUUGUGUCUGAAGGGGAGGCUGUCCUCAUUGCUCACGAUGAUGGUUCGUGUUCAUAUUAUGAUAUCGCGAAUCGAGAGGAAAAGGCUUCAUAUAUGCCACCAUCUGGAGUUUCACCUAACACGUGGAGAGACUGUUGGAUAAUUCGUGCUCCUGGUUCCGACGGUUGCUCAGGAAGGUUUGUAGUUGCUGCAUCUGCUGGCAAUACUAUGGAUUCAGGAUUUUGCUCUUGGGAUUUUUACACCAAGGAUCUCCGCGCUUUCCAACUAGAGUUCGGAACAGCCGCCUCUAGGACAGCUCUUCGACCCUUGUCCAAUAACAUUGUGCAAAGAAAUUCUGGAGCCGGCAGUUUGGCCACUGAAACCAGGCAAUGGUGGUAUAGACCUUGUGGACCUCUGAUUAUCUCUACUGCGACCUCUCAGAGAGCUGUAAAAGUCUUUGAUAUUCGUGAUGGAGAACAAGUCAUGAAAUGGGAGGUUCAGAAACCUGUUCUUGCAAUGGACUAUUCCAGUCCUUUGCAGUGGAGAAACAGAGGGAAAGUUGUGAUAACCGAAGCAGAAACAAUUUCUUUGUGGGAUGUGAAUUCACUUAGUCCUCAAGCCCUGCUGUCUAUUCCUGUAUCUGGGCAAAAAAUUUCUGCUCUACAUGUGAGUAAUACAGAUGCAGAGCUGGGUGGAGGGGUUCGGCAAAGGGCGAGCUCAUCAGAAGCUGAAGGAAACGAUGGUGUGUUCUGCACUUCAGACGCUGUCAACGUCUUGGACUUCCGCCAGCCAUCUGGUGUGGGUCUUCGGAUAUCAAAACAUGGGGUGAACAUUCAGUCAGUUUUCUCACGUGGAGACUCAAUCUUUCUUGGUUGCUCAACUUCAAGUUCCAUUGGCAAGAAGCAGUCCUCAUCGAUGGUGCAACAAUUCUCAUUGCGUAAACAAGGGCUCUUCAACAGCUAUGCUAUGCCAGAAUCCAAUGCACAUCCUCACCACUCUGCAAUCACACAGGUUUGGGGAAACUCUAACUUUGUGAUGGGCGUCUGUGGGCUUGGGCUAUUUGUGUUUGAUGCAUUAAAAGAUGAGCCAUUGCGGGCUUUCGAUAUGGAUUCCACUAAUACUCAGAUGGUCAACCAAGUCAUUGGGCCAGAUGACUUAUAUUGGCCUUCCUUUGAUUAUCUGGGCUCUCGUGUACUCCUCAUAUCAAGAGAUCGACCAGCUAUGUGGAAGCAGCUCUCGUAGUCUUGGGGCAUUUCUCUCUACGGUCUGUUGGCACUUCUAAUGUUACAGACAGGAAUCUGCUCAGGGAUUCAAAAAGCAUUUGCUUUUGCUGCUUCCUUUCCCCACUAAUAAGUUAAGUUAAAUUAAAGUCCCUUCUAUGCGGUCUAAAGAUGCUAAAUUUAAGUUUUCCACUUGAGGGGAUGCUGUAAAAUAUAUGGAUGUUUUUGCGUAAGCUUCCAAAGAUUAAACUUAGCCUGUAUGUGUUAAAGUUUUUGAAUGCACGAGUGCCAUGAAAUUUUUUGUUC